GUUCAUCAAUGUUAACAACCUUAUUGUUCACUCUGCAGUAGGUAUACUGGCAUCGCCAAGGGAAGUCUGCGCCAAACUAAGCCUUUGCUUUAAGCCCUGCUCGCAAACCGCGACAUAGGAAGGAAACGCGCUGGAACUUACUCAUCGCAGCAGCAAUUGGCAGGGACUUCGCUGGCUUUCCUACGACCAGAUACAGUAUCCCGCCGGGAAAUAUAAUCUUCUGGUGGAGCUCUGCCCAUGAUAUAGGGGGUUCGUGAGGGGGCACAGCCACGAUGCCAGCCGUGGCCAAGCCUGUGCUCCCCACUAUUAACCUCGCCAAGGUCAAACUCGCCCAAGAGGAACAGCUGCAGCCUCCCCAAGGCAUCCCGCCGCCCCCCAGCGCCCUGCGGCCCUCCCGCAAUGCUGCCAGCGGCGGCCUCUCAUUCACGUCGGCGGCGCAGUUGGCGGCACCGGCGAACACCGGCAGCAGCGGCGCAGGCGCCGCCGCCGCCGCCGGGACGCCCCGUGGCGGCGGCGGAGCAGGCGCCACCUCGCUGAAGGGGGCCGCCAGCAGCGGCGGCAGCACCCUUAGCGGGGCCGCCGACGAUGCCUAUGGGGGCAACAGCGGCGGCGGCGGCGGCGCUUCGCGCGGUUCGUUCGACAAUGGCAAUAACAGCUACAUCCACCAUGCAACGGUGCCGACGGCGACGGCCUAUGUACGACAGCCGCUUAACAGUAACCCCCAAACCGUGCGAACCGCCGGCGGCGCGACGGCAGGCAUGGUUGCUUCGGCGGCGGCGGCGGUUGGGGGUGGUGGUGUGAAGCCGCUGCCGCCGCCGCUGCUGACGUCACGCAUGCCUUCGUACGGCAGCAGCAAGCAGCCGCCGCCGCCGUCGUCGCAACAGGUAUCGGGUGACGGGUGCUCGUUGGGUGGAGCCGGCGGCGGAGCAGCGGGCUCAUGGUACAGCACCACGGAGGGAAGCGCUCCUCGUUCCCAGCAGCUGCUACAGCAGCAACAACAACAACAACAGCAACCAGCCCGCGGCCAGUCAGGCAUGUACGGCAGCGGUAGCACAGUAGCAGUAGCAGCAGCCGGCGGCGGCGCAACGAGUACAACUAGCACCACCGCACCAGCAGCAGCAGCAGCCUCCCGUCCCCCUCAAACCCAAACCCUUCAACAGCAACAGCAUCAACAACAGCAAUCGCAACAGCAGCAUCAACAGCAACCACCGCAACUCCAGCACCAGCAAUCUCGCUCUUCUGCAGCAGCAGCAGCAGCAGCAGCCGUCACCACACCCUCCUCCCAGUCCGCCGCCGCCACCGACGCCGGCUCCUCCUCCUCGGGCUCCGGCUCCACCGGCGGCGGCAGCAGCGCCAGCAGUGGCGGGGGCUCGAGUCCCGCCAGCAGCAGCAGUGCAGCGGGGGCCGGCGGCGGCGGCGGGUCAGCUGUAACAUGGGAGUCGGGUCACAUCACCCCCGCGCAGGCGCUGGCCCGCUACUCGGAGUACAUGACGCCGUACGAGCACAGCGAGGUGCUGGAGUACCCGCAGGUCUACUUCGUGGGUCGCUCCUCCGCCCAGAAGGUGCCCGGCAACCCGCACGCGGCGCGCAACAACUACGGGUACGACGACGACCGGGGCGACUACACUGUCGUACUGCACGACCACCUGUCGUACAGAUACGAAGUGCUGUCCAUCAUGGGGCGAGGGAGCUUCGGACAGGUGGUGAAGGUCCACGACUUCAAGACCAACUGCCUGCGGGCCAUUAAGGUCAUCCGCAACAAGAAGCGCUUCCACCAGCAGGCUCUGGUGGAGCUGCGGGUGCUGCAACACAUCCGGGGGGGCGACCCGGAGGACAGCAACAACUGCGUGCACAUAGGGGAGCAUUUCUACUUCCGUAACCACCUGUGCAUCUCCUUCGAGCUGCUCUCCAUCAACCUGUACGACUUCAUCAAGCAAAACAACUUCAUGGGGCUGUCGCUGGGGCUCAUCCGCCGCUUCGCGCACCAGAUACUCAUCAGCCUGAGGUACCUCAAGCAACUUCGCCUCAUCCACUGCGACCUGAAGCCCGAGAACAUUCUGCUGCGGCAGCCCAACCGCUCCGCCAUCAAGGUGAUCGACUUCGGCUCCUCCUGCUACUUGGACGAGCGGGUCUACACGUACAUACAGAGCCGCUUCUAUCGCUCCCCCGAGGUCAUCCUGGGCGCCAGCUACGGAGUGGAGAUCGACAUGUGGAGCCUGGGCUGCAUUCUGGCGGAGCUGUACACCGGCUACCCGCUCUUCCCGGGCGAGGACGAGAUGGAGCAGCUGGCGUGCAUGAUGGAGGCGGUGGGUCCGCCCCCCCGCGAGCUGCUGGAGACAGCCAGCCGGAGGAAGCUGUUCUUCGACUCGGGCGGCAACCCGAGGCUGCAACCCAACAGCCAGGGGCGCACGAGACUGCCGGGGACGAAGAGCCUGCAGGUGCUGGUCAAGUGCAGCGACCCCGCCUUCCUGGACCUGCUGGAGAAGUGCCUCCGUUGGGACCCCCGCACCCGCCUCACGCCCGAGCAGGCGCUGCAACACGUGUGGAUCAUGGACCAGAACCCCUCGCCCACCAGCUCGCGAGUGCAGCCGCUGCCGGGAGGGGGCGCGGGGGGGCUUGCGGCGGCGGCGGCGGCGGGUAAGGAGGGUAAGGAAGGAAAGGAGGAGAGGGAGCGGGAGAAGAAGUUGGCGGGAGGGGGAGCGAGUGGCGGAUUGGUUGCAGCGGCGGCGGCGAAGCUUCAACAGCAGCAGCAAUCGCAGCAACAGCAGAAGGGUGAUAGCGGCGCCGUGACGGCGGUUGCUACCAUCGUACAACCGGCAAAGUACGACCCGAUUGGGGCGGCCGCCGCCGUCGCAGCGUCGUCGUCGUCGGCGGCGGCGGCUGGCGGUCGCGCCGCGCUUACUGACAGCGCCAUGGGCCAUCACUCGGGCGGCGCCGUCACCGCUGUACGACCCAGCAAGGCGGGUAGCGGCGGCGGAGCCGCCGCCGCCGCUGACGGUGGCGGCGGCGGCGGCGGCGGCCAAGUCCCCACUCGCUCUUCCGAGGUUCGCGUGGCGGGGUUGGGAUCGACGGUGCUGACGUCAGCGCCGCCGCCGCCGCCGAUCACGGUGCCGACGUUGGACCUGGCGGCGUUGCGUGCUGCCGCCGCCGCCGCCAUAAGAGGCAGCGGAAGCGGUGCCGACGUGGAAGAUGGCGGCGGUGGCGGCGGUCCGCCGCCACUGACGUCGCGUGCGCACUACCAGCCGCAAGUCGGCGGCGCCUUGUCGCUGCCGCCGCCAGCGCUGCACCUCAGGUCCGAGGGCGUGCCGCUGCAGCCCUCCAUGCUGUCUCCCAGGAACAGCAAUGCGCACACGCCGCGGGGUGCCGCUGGCGGCGGCGUCGGCGGCAGCGGGGGCCUUGCUGCCGGCGGCAGCGGCGGAGCCGCCGGCCGCUCCUCCGGAGCGCUGGCGCCGCCGGCCGCCGUCACCGCCGGUUCAUGGUCCUUGAGCGGCGGCUUGGGCGCUGGUCCUCCGCCGUACAACCUGGCUGGAUCUAAGAGCCUCGGGUACGGCAGCCCGCCCAUUGCAGGCUCCGUUUCCGGGGGAUUGGGCAUGGGUACGGGCUCGGUGGGUUCAGCUGUUGCGCAGCGACUGUCGUCGCAGUCGGCGUCGCUGGCGGCGGCGACGGCGGCCGCCGCCGCCGCCAAUGCUCAGGCGUUGGCGUCUGGUGGCGUUGGCGGCGGCGGCGGGGGCGGGGGUCUAGGAAGCGGCAGCCUCAGUGGCGGCCUUCCCACGCUAGGGACGCCUAGAAGAUAAAGCGUCGCGAGGGAGGAGUGAGGAGGGGGGCCGCAGGGCGCCGUGCGGAAGCUCGAAUGCGGGCGGUUGGGAUGUGGAGUGUGUGCGGGUUGGUUGGCGUGCAGGUUGGAAGCAUGGGGGCGAUGCGGUUGGGUGGAGGGCAAGGAAUGAGGGAUCCAUGCGGUUUGGGGUGGUCAUGCGGUUAGGGGUGAGGCAGGCGUUGGGUCACACUCACUAGCGUUGGCUCCUUGUCAUCGGUAUGUCGGUUGUUGUCAACAGCAGGGUUUGGGUGUGCGAAGCAGGGACGUUGUUGGCACGGUGGGCUUUAUGCGGGCUUCGUGCAGGGGAGGGAGGUCAUUUGCAGGGUUGCUGUUCACGCGCGUAGAAUGAUGCUCAACGGUGCAGGUUGACGUUUCGGUUUGUACAUGAGAACAUUGGCAUGAAUUUCAAUGGAGGACGGACCUGAGAGGCGGUGGAGGUUGAUGAGAAGGGUAGGUUUGACGCGGGCAAAAGGCAGAUGUACAGAAUACAAAAUAGCGCCGGUAUUCUUACGAGGAAUGCGGGACUCUUUCCUGCUGGAAACCUCCCUUCCUCCCGUACUGUUUACGUUUUUGCGGCGGAUCGGAUCUUCCUACGGAUGGAGGUGGAAGAAGGAAGACCCGCAGGUGACCUGCCCCCGGUUACACCAUGCGGCAGAGGGCUUUGGGCCGUUGUCCCAUCGACCCCCUGCGCCGUGUCAUAGCCUGACUUGUCUCGUUUGUUGUAUAUUUGCGUCUACACAUCGGGGUUGGGUCAUGAGGAGAAUCUGGAGUUUAGAUUACGUCUGCGGCUUACGGUAGUGGCGCAGAGGAGGAGUCAAGAGCACAUGUCUCACCUUGACUUGCCCGCUCCUGCUUGCCCCAACACUCUUUUUGCGCUGCGCGUGCAGCCACACCCGGAAAUGUGUCACGACGGGGUGGGGCCUGCCAGCGGCUGUGUUCAUUGAGCGAGAGAGUUGGGUAGGGAAGAAUAGGGAAGAAGAGGUAUGCGGUUGAGAGAUAAAGAGAGCAAAACUUCCCUUUUGGUUUCGGUUGGCCGGUUGGUCGGUCGGUUGGUUGGGUGGGUGGGUGUGCCUUGAUUUGUGCCACAGGGGGACAGACAGUCAUGUGUGGCGGAGGAGCAGAGGAGGUGCGAAGAAGUUGGGGAAGAUGGUGGAGCUCUGCUUGGCUGGUUGAGGCAUGGAGGCGGUCUUCUGCGCCUCUUUCGGCCACCAGGGGUUGCUCACGGGGGGCGACGACAAGCGGCGAACAUGGUGAGGUGGGAAGGGCAGAGGCCUGUGGGAUUGCGAUAACGGACGUAGAUGCCAGGAUGCAUGUACGAAUGAACGAGAAGAGAGGUAUGAAUCCAGAAAAUAUGAUUGGUUUGGUAUCGAUGGGUUUGCUUGUGCGGCAAUUGUACGGCAGAGUAACUUCGGAUGUACGGAGUUCGGCGUCACACAAAACGCGGCGUCCCGAAUGAUGUGUGCCUUCGGCGGCGCUGCAAUAGUGCGCUGUCAUGGCCCACAGAAGAUGGACCCUUCGGCCAUUAUGCGAGGAAGUUGGGAAACAUGUCUUGUUUGCAGGGGGGCGUGCUUGCGUGUGAAGAGUUGCACGGCAGACCGGCGUCUGUUGCUGUAUGGGUUACGCCAGCAAUUGCUUGUUUGUUUGAGGUCUUGAGACGUUUUGCCGCGCGGACGGAUACCAUCUAUCGCCUUUACUAGCGACCCCUCACAUCUUGCGUCCCCUCCUAACCUCAUCACGCCUGGAACUGAUGCGCUAUGAUGGAUUGUGUGUUUGUUUGUACGGCAUGUGCGCGUAUGUUGACGGAAUGUGCGCGUGUGUGUUGACAAACCUGGACGCGUGUGUCAACAGGAACGGUACGAUGCGUCGACGGACCUUUCGAGUUUUGAAAUUAUGGGAACGACCCAUGGGUCAUAUCUGACUGGACUGCAGACCACCGACUGGACCCGACCCCAGCGGGUCAUUUCUCUGACUGACGGUUGAUGACGGCAAUGUAGUACGUGCUGGUGUACGGUAAAUGUGUACGGCAACGUUUUGUGUAGUAGAGUUGAUGAUAUCGUCGUGCAUAUUAAGUGCUGGGCGGUUCGGUACGGUACCUCUUUCCUGAUGUUGGUCGGUUUUGCAUGGGCGGUCUUUUGGGUACAUUGCAUGUUCUUGGAAGCCCAGGCUUGGGCUGCCGGCUUAUCAUCGGUGCAUGGAUUCAACAACGGGAAAUCAAUAACGCAGGCGCCCUGCUUCGUGCAUGGGAUAUGCCGGGACCGGGCUGCCCUUAAAUGUGGCUCCCAUUCGUUAUUAAUAAGGCAUGGGAACAGGAGUUGUGGAUGGUGGCAAGGGCGGCGGCGAUGGUUUCAGCAGCUGUAGCUAAAUAAGGGGCGGUGUGAAGCUGAUUGCAUGCGCUGCUAUCCUUCCAAGCGGUGGCCAAGAACACCGAGCGUUACACGCCUUGCGGGCUGCACAUUUGGAAGGUGUCGCGCCGCCUUGCAGCUCCCGCCCCCGGCCCCCCCGCCGCGGCUGCUGCUGCCAGCCCACAGUCGCCACGGCCAUUGGGCUCAACUUGCUGUGUCCUUACUUCAUGGCCAAUGUACUGUACUACUACUGCAUGUGCCGGUCUGAAAAGAUGGUGUGUACUGUGGGAGGGACAGCGUUGCUAAGGGACGCUGCGGGACACGCGUUUUGGACAUAACCUAGCAUAGUACGGCAGAAGCUGUUAUUUUGGCGACAGUACGAAGUGCCAGUAUGAAGGGAUUUGUUUGGGUCGCGCGCUCUUCGUUAUGGCGAAUGGGAUGGGAAUGCUGUUGUUGGCCGGCCAACAUUGGUCGGACUGGUUUCAGACUGGGUUAUGGAGGUUGGGUUUUGCUGCAUCAGGGGGGGUGUCGAUUGCCGUGCUGCGGUGGUUAUGUGCAUUGUGGGUGCAUGUGGCCGGACUGCUUCUUACGUUGGUCUCAGAACCGCUGCAUUAGUGCCUUUUGUCGUUCUCUUGUGCCCCCGUCUUGCUGAGUUGCCCCUGUCCUGGACGUGCUCUCUUGCUCGUGGGGCGUGACUCCUGCAGCUUGUCGUUUCAUUGGGGUGAAGAGGCGUGAAGAGCAUCGGUUGCCAUAACAAAUGCGCCCAUGAAGCCCAAGGGUGCUGAAGGGCUGUGGUUACACUGCUUAGUAGCCAGUGGCCCGACGAAUGCGUUGAGCAGUUAGAAGUGAGGUUUUGAUGCUUUUGACUUCAGGCUUGUGAUAGGCUUGAUGAUUAGGUG